GGCCUGAUUAUUCUUCAUCAUGCGCGAGGAUGGCAUUGCAUUCUCCAGAUGGUCCCCGCUGGUGGCUUGGGAGGGCUGCAAGGGUCCAGAGGCAGACAAAACAUCCCGUCCUCGAGUGGAACAUGUCGCAUGACCAGGGCGUUCUCAUCUCCAUCGCGAGUGUCAGUGUCAGAAACAGCGUGCUUUUGCAAAAGCAGAGAUGGCCAUGGGCGCUACGGUGAGGUGUGCGCUCCUCUGCUAUAUGUCUGCUGCCUGCUGUGUGAAUGGCAGGAUCAAAGAUGCGAUAUCGGCAGCACAUGACGGAAAGUGCGGUUAGAUCUAGUCAUUCGCCAGCACAGCUGAACGACGAUCGCAUACAUUUUGCGCCUACGAAUCGUCCUCGCGUCCUCUUCCUUUCGAUGGCACGAAAGACCUCCCCUUGGCGAGGCAUUGGCACACGUGAAUGGCAGCCAUCGGCAGAUCCGUCGCCUGGUUCUGGAAGGAAUUCGGCCUCUCGAGCCUCCACGAAACGGGUCGGGAUGCCUACCUCAUUAUCUUGGCCAGAUCGCUACGCAUGCUUGCCUACGGAACUAAUGCACUCAUUCUAGCAUUGUUCUUCUCUGAGCUUGGCUUCUCCGAUCGUCGGAUAGGUGUAUUUAUGACCUUGACGCUCGUCGGUGAUGUCUUCCUUGGCACCUUCCUCACCCUCAUCGCCGACCGCUUUGGUCGGCGCAAGAUCCUCUUUGGCGGGAGUAUCGUGAUGGUCUUCACUGGAGUCAUCUUCGCUGCCUUUGAGAACUUCUGGAUCUUGCUCUUCGCAGCAGUGAUAGGAGUCGUAUCAGCCACAGGAGGUGAUUUUGGUCCUUUUCGAUCAAUCGAGGAGUCGAUGCUUUCUCAGCUCACAAAUCCGCAAACUCGCGCCGACGUCCUCGCAUGGUACGUAACCAUCUCUGCUUGGGGCUCCUCCAUUGGCAGUGAAUUAGGUGGUCGAAUCAUCGAGCAACUCCAGCAUCGAGAUGGAUGGACUUUGAAAGAUGCCUACCACGCGAUCUUCUGGGUGUACGCUGUCAUGGGCGUAGUAAACAUCGUAUGCGUUCUGCUCUUGACAAAGAAUUGCGAAGCAGACACGAUCGAGGAGAAGUACACCCCGGUUGCUCAAGAUGAGGGCAGCGACCAUUCAUUUGUGCUUACUGACAACAACAACCCGGAUCGCGGCUCUGCUGAUGAAGCUUCACGACACCCUGGACCUACCAGGCCCAGCACCAGGUUUCAAGGAAUACGAGCAUGGAUCUCGAAAUGGAUGGGGGACAUCUCGAGACCAACACUGUCCGUGGUCUGGAAGUUAUGGCUCCUUCUCGCAGUCGAUUCAUUAGCCGACGGCAUGGUCCCCUACAGCUUGACCAACUACUACAUGGACAUCAAAUUCCAUCCCUCCAAAUCUACCCUCGGCGACGUAACCUCCAUAAGCUACUUCCUAACCGCCAUCGGUGGAAUCUUCGCCGGCCCACUAGCCAAAAAGAUCGGUCUCGUAAACACAAUGGUCUUCACACACAUUCCCUCUUCGGCCGCAGUCCUCCUCUUCCCUCUCCCCAACGUUCUCUGGCUCACUGUGAUCCUCCUCUUCGUCCGCGCAGGCCUCAACAAUAUGGAUCAAGCCCCUCGUUCAGCCCUCAUAGCCGCUAUCGUCAAACCCUCCGAACGCACAGCCGUGAUGGGAAUCACAGCAAUGUUGCGAACGAUGGCCGCGACAUCAGGACCGAUGGUCACGGGAUUUCUGGCGAAUUCGGAUCGGUUUUGGGUGGCUUUUGUGGCGGGCGGUGCGUUUAGGCUGACGUAUGAUAUUGGUUUGUGGGUGUUGUUCACGAAUGUGAAAUUGCAUCAGCAUGAGCAGGUUAAAGGUGAUGUUUUGGCUUCCGAUGAGCAUACUGCGGCUGCGGAGCAGUUCAGACUUAGUGAUGAGGAGUCAAUUGCAGGGAGGACAUCUAGUGAUGAUGACGAUGAUGAUUAUGAGCACGAUGAGGUUCGACGACAGAAGUGAGUCUAGUUGAGAUAACAGAAUGAGGUUAAAUACAGCUACGAGAGACGAGAAGGAAUGGCACAGGAUCACGAUAGAGAUAGAAUGCAAGAGCGAACAUCAACG